AUGAAGCGGAACCGUGUCCCGUACAUCGACUUCGAGACAGGCUUCCCAAAGGGGGAGACACCGAAGCAAACCGUCGGGACUGCCUUCACUCUAGCGAAGCAGCAAAAGCUUGAGCGAUUGCUGGAGGCCACGCCUCAAACGACCUUUCGGGGCAGAGUCAUCAAGCAACUCUCGACCCGAAGAAUCCGGCACUCUGGCCGUGGCGAUGUUGGAAGGAUAACGACGCGUCAUCGCGAAGGUGGCACGAUGCAGCGGCUUCGAUUCGUCGACUUCAAGCGUGCUCGGAAGGACAUUCCAGCUGCCGUUCUGCGUAUCGAGUAUUCUCCAGAGCGCACGUCGCACGUGGCCCUCAUUCAGUACCAGGACGGCGUCUUGAGCUACAUCUUGGCGCCGCUUACCCUGCGCCCAGGAGACCAGGUCGUCGCCAGCGAAAGCGCCAAUAUCGUCCCAGGGAACUGCCUUCCACUGAGGAGUAUUCCUGCGGGCUCGAUCGUCCACAACAUCGAGCUGCGCCCAGGAGCAGGUGGGCAGCUCAUUCGAGCUGCUGGCACCUUUGCCACCAUCAUCACGAAGGACAGGCACUUCGCCACCAUCAAGCUCCGGUCCACCGAGAUCAGGAAGUUCCCACUGGAGUGCUGGGCAUCCAUCGGGCAGCUGUCGCACUUGGAGCGUGCCAUGCGCUUCAAAGGCAAGGCGGGCGUCAACAGAUGGCUGGGCUGGCGACCUUCUGUGCGCGGCAAUGCCAUGGAUCCGCAUAAGCAUCCCCAUGGUGGUGGAACGAGCGCCAAGCAUACGAAGAGGCCGCCUGUGUCCCCAUGGGGCAUCCUCCGCACGGGGUACAAGACGCGCUCGCCUCUGAAGCCACUGGGCCUCAUCGUGCGGCGGAAGUUGCCUGGAAAGAUGCAGAAGAAGUUCGGCAUUGCCAACUGA